AUGUCUGGCCGUGGAAAAGGUGGUAAAGGUUUGGGAAAAGGAGGAGCAAAGCGUCAUCGUAAGAUUUUGCGAGACAACAUUCAAGGAAUCACAAAGCCCGCCAUUCGUCGUCUAGCUCGUCGUGGCGGUGUAAAACGUAUCUCCGGCUUGAUCUACGAAGAAACCCGAGGCGUUUUGAAAGUUUUCCUGGAGAAUGUCAUUCGUGAUGCAGUUACAUAUACCGAGCACGCAAAAAGAAAGACUGUCACAGCUAUGGACGUCGUUUAUGCUUUGAAACGACAAGGACGUACUCUGUAUGGAUUUGGCGGUUAG